GACACCACUUGUUCCCUCCCUUCACACGGCACAACUCCUAAAAAACACAGAGUGUCAGUGAGUGUGUGUCAGAGAUAACCAGAGUUGGUCUCAGGAUGCCUGCUUAUGCCACCAACAUGAGGAUCAAGUUUCCCAUCGUGGCCUUGACUUUGGAGAUUAUUACCAUCAUCCUGUUUGCUGUGUUUGUGGUCUAUGAUGAUGGAAAAGGUCACGGGCACGACUCACACUCCAAUGAGACUCACCAUGAAGUAAGCCCCAUGGAUCUCUACCCCAUGUUUCAGGAUGUCCACGUCAUGAUCUUCAUUGGCUUCGGGUUCCUGAUGACCUUCCUGAAGCGAUACGGGUUCAGCAGCGUGGGUGUCAACUUACUGCUGGCUGCCUUCGGCCUGCAGUGGGGCCUCCUCAUGCAGGGCAUCUGGCACCUGGAGGAUGGCAAGAUCAAAGUCAGCAUCUUCAAAAUAAUCAACGCAGAUUUCAGCACAGCUACAGUCCUGAUCUCCUUUGGAGCCGUUCUGGGUAAAACCAGCCCUGUGCAGCUCCUCAUCAUGACCGUACUAGAGAUCACUAUCUUCUCCAUCAAUGAACAUCUGGUGGCCACAGUGCUUGAAGCAAAUGAUGUUGGAGCAUCCAUGAUCAUCCAUGCUUAUGGAGCCUACUUUGGCCUGGCAGUGGCUCGAGUACUUUACCGACCAGGUUUAAGAAACGGACAUGAGAAUGACGGAUCUGUUUAUCACUCCGAUAUGUUUGCUAUGAUUGGAACCGUCUUCCUGUGGAUGUUCUGGCCCAGUUUUAACUCGGCCAUUGCUGCUCCAGGCUUCAGUCAGCUCACAGCAGUGAUCAACACCUACCUCUCCCUGGCUGCCUGUGUGCUCUCUGCCUAUGCCAUCUCCAGCCUUGUGGAGCACAAAGGAAAAUUGGACAUGGUGCAUAUUCAGAAUGCCACCUUGGCUGGUGGCGUUGCUGUGGGAACAUGUGCUGACAUGAACAUCGGGCCAUUUGGGGCAAUGCUGAUUGGAUUAGUGGCUGGCAUCAUCUCUACCCUGGGCUUCAAGUACCUAACUCCCGUCCUGGCAUCCAACCUGGGCAUCCAGGAUACCUGCGGAGUCCACAAUCUGCACGGCAUGCCUGGCAUCCUGGGCGGGCUGGCUGGUAUUGUGGCUGUGGCUUUGGGAAAAAAAGAGGGAGGUAAUGCUGCCAUGCAAGCUGCUGCCUUGGCUUCAUCCCUGGGGUUCGCUUUGGUUGGUGGUGCUAUUACAGGUUUAAUAAUGAAGUUGCCAUUCUGGGGACAGCCUCCAGACCAGAACUGCUUUGAUGACUCUAUUUACUGGGAGGUUCCUGAGGAGGAGGAGGAGAAUGAGGAGAGCUUGGCUCACGCCGAUCACUCAAAGAACAAAGCAGAGGUUUAAAAAUCUGCUCAGAGUCCUCUGAGCUAGAAAUUGAGAAGUAAAUGAUUAUUAGUCAGCUGCACCAUGUCUACAGAUGUGUAAUGUGAUUUUUAAAAAACUAGACGAUUUGCUCUACUCACCAAAACAAGUCAAUUUUAUAAACUUUUUUGUGAGCAAAGAUCUACAGCAUUGUAUUUUCCAUCAUAGGACAGUUUAAAUUUGUAAUGAGGAUGGGCAGUGAAUGUUUAAAACAACAGUCUUCAAAAUAGACAAAAGAAAAUGAAAAAUCCCAUUUACACUCACACAUUCAGGGAUUUCUUUUGCAUCGAAAAUUGUGAUCAAUAACCUUGAAAACCCAGUUGGUCACACACUAAAUUUACUGCUGAUACACCUACUUCCAUAAGCUUUUUUAUAUUAUAAAAAACAUUAAAGCAUAUUUUUAGUAUAGUGUAUUUUCCUUCAUAUAACCUUUUAUAUUUCUAUGCACCUGGCAUAUGUAUUUCUGCUAAAGCUUAGGUCAAAGAGAAGAGGAGUUAGUCCACACACACUCAGGCAGUCAAGCAAAAAUGCCUGUCUCCCCAUUCAUUUAGACAAGGGGUAGUGCGUUUAAGCUGUGGCGAGGGGGUGGGGGCCGCAGAGUGGUGCC